AUCGUGGUGGCGGGCUGACUUGACCUUGCCAUGUCUUCCCACAAGACUUUCAGAAUCAAGCGCUUCCUGGCUAAGAAGCAAAAGCAGAACCGCCCUGUUCCUCAGUGGAUUUGGAUGAAAACUGGUAAUAAAAUCAGGUACAACUCCAAGAGAGGACACUGGAGAAGAACAAAGCUGGGUCUACAAAGAUUUCUCUGGGAGUCGGGCGAUCGAAACUAA